CAAUUUGAACAUCCUUCUUCGGGAGUUUGGUCUCCUGCUCAUCGUUCUCGUCACUUGCAGUGCUUCAUUAUCCUAUCUUCUGGUAGUUGCCCAUCUUCAGCUUUCGAAAAUGGCAUCAAUUAACUUCAACCCCUUCGGAAGCUGGUUCGAGAAACCCCUGAACCCCGUCGCACCCGUCGUCAUGUCCCUCAGUCAAACCUUCUUCUCCAAACUAAACACCACCUCUGCAAAUUUCGCUUCGAUAAGCUCCUCCUCGUCCCUCUCCAAGGGGAAGCCGGAGAAACCCGACUCCACUAUUGAUAAUCCAGGCCCGGAUACGAAGAUGCUGGACCAGUUCUUCUGGGAAUGCGAGAACCUUCCUGAUUACAGACACACCCCGGAAGUCGAGAAGAUCCUGAACGAAGACCCGCUUUUUGAAAAGAAAGAGAAUCCGACUGAGGAGGAGAUCAAAGAAAACGAGAAAUGGUGGGAACGGUUCAGGACGAGUCCCGUUGUCCAGUUCUUGGCCCGAGCAGAGGAAAUCGCCGAUGAAAUCAAUAGAACGGAGAUGGAGGAGAAUGCCGCGCCGUAUAGAGGGGAGGAUAGAGAGCUGUGGGAGGCAAUUCCGCACCUCACUGGGCUGGACGGGAGGCCGAUGCCCAGAAAGGCAAUAAAGACGAGGGUGGAGAGCGAUAAUAAGUUUUGGGAUUUCUUGCGGCAGUUCCUUUUUGGACUUUGGGGGUUUCGGCAGAGGCCAUACCCAGCGGGGCGCCCCAUUGAUUUUCCUCAGGCUUUUGGUUACAAGCGGCUUGAGAGGCGCUACUAUGACUUUAUCAUGAAGAGUGGAGGCUUUUACUACAAAGACCGCUUAGGCCGUACAAGAGGUCCUUGUGAACUGAUCACCCUCAAAACAGCCUGGGGUGCUGGGAUUAUUGACAAGGACACUUUCAUUUGGGGGGAGGACAUGGAUGAAUGGGCACCCAUUCACAUGGUUUACGGCAUGGAACGUGCAAUUGCAACUUGGGAAGUGAGACUUGGUGCAGCAGCAACAGCUUUGCUUCACAAACUUCAGAAAGGUAUACCUCCUUGGGUUCCUCUCAAAGGACAUGAGAAGAAAACAUAUAAGCAACUCCAACAAGAAGCUAUAGGGAGCAAAAGACGUGAUUUGGCAGUAUUAAGAGCAAAUGAUGGCAUAUGGCCAGGUGCUAGAAUUCCAAGUCAUGCCUUAUUUCUUUGGGCUAGUGGCUCUGAACUAACCACAACUUUGCAAUCCGACCAUAUGCCAAACAAAUUCAUUCCAAAAGAUCUUAGACUCAAAUUGGCCAAGAUUAUCCCGGAGUUAAGACCAUGGGAAGUUUUAAGUGUUGAGCAAGCUAUGAAUCAGAUUACAUAUGGUGGAGAGUGGUACCGUGAACCUCUUGGUUCCUACACAACUGGCCCUCCUUACAUUUGGGAGAUGAAUGAGGAUAAUCUGGAAAAGUAUGAAGAUCAUGUGGAACUUGGAGGUGCAGUGUAUGAAGAACUGGAGAAGACAAUUCCUGGUUUCAGUAAAAUAAUGGAAAAAGUUGAGGCUGAGGCUGAAGCUAAAUUUGCUAGACUUGAGGAGAGGAAGGAGAAACUAAGGAGAAUCAAGGGGCUGGGAGGCACUGCUAAUGAUCCAUAAAGUCAGUUUCAUCAAGCGUUUGCCAAAUGAUAGGAAUGUUGAUCUAGAAAUAGGACAGUCAGCCAUUCAUGGGGGAAAAACUGAGGAAAGGGGAAGGACCAUGUGGAUGAAUCCUACCAGAGUCUGACCCUCAGAUUUUGAAAUUUAACUUUGUUAAGUUUGAAGACAAUAUGAUAAUCAACAAUGAGUUUUGAGAUUCAAAAUGAUUCAAUGAAUGUUACUUUUACAGUUUAUGGAAAUUGCUUAUUUUAUAUUUUGAGUACGAAAAUAUCACGGUGUAGUGUUUUAUAGGCGGGUACUAUAUCAGAUUGUAAAACACAAGUAUUGAAUGGAGGAUCCUCUCCAAUAUUGAGAGCCCUUUUAAAUUUAA